AUGCCCGUACCACACUACUUUCUACGACGCUUCUACAAGCAUUCCACACAUGGGGAUACCGUCCGGAGACCAGCAAGCUCCACCGCUACCAGUCUUCGGGUCACACGAUUCCAUGGCCCCGCAAAUACACUCACUUGA